CGCGGGGCGGGGCGCGCGCCGGCGGGAGAAGGGCGACCGGAGCGCGUCUGCGGGCAGCUCCGCUCCCGGGGCUGACGGUGCCUCGGAACUCAGCCCCUUCUCCCUUUCCGUCUCCUCCUUCCCGCGCCCGUAGGGACACAGAUGGAGCCGCCGUGCCCGGUUUGAGCGGCGGGAUCGGGAUCCGCUCCGCCGGGCGGGCGCAGCAUGGUGGACUAUAUCGUGGAAUAUGACUACGAUGCAGUGCACGAUGAUGAAUUAACGAUCCGAGUUGGGGAAAUCAUCAGGAAUGUGAAAAAACUGGAAGAAGAAGGAUGGUUGGAAGGGGAGCUGAAUGGCAAACGGGGCAUGUUCCCUGACAACUUUGUGAAGGAAGUUAAGAAGGAUGUAGAGCCGAAGGAUGAUGCCGUACCAGUCAGGAGGGAGAAAUCUGGCAAUGUAGCCAGCCUUGUGCAGCGUAUGAGCAGCUAUGGGCUCCCAGCAGGAGGAUUUCAGCCUCAUCCCCCAUCCAAAACCUUCAAGAAGAGGUCCAAGAAGAGGCAGUGCAAAGUGCUUUUCGAAUACAUCCCGCAGAACGAGGAUGAGCUGGAACUCAAGCUGGGGGAUGUGAUCGACAUCAAUGAAGAGGUAGAAGAAGGCUGGUGGAGUGGAACACUGAAUGGCAAGGCUGGGUUGUUUCCUUCAAAUUUUGUGAAAGAAUUGGAAUUAACAGAUGAUGGAGAAGCACAGGACUCUCUGGAUGACACAGAGUCUGUUUUCAGUGGUCCUACCUCACCUGUGGCCUCUCCAGGAAAUGGGAGUGAACCUGGCUCUGGACCAGCACAGCCAAAGAAAAUCCGAGGUAUUGGGUUUGGAGAUAUCUUUAAAGAAGGCUCAGUGAAACUUAAGACAAGAUUAUCCAGUAAUGAAUCGGAAGAUAAAAAGCAAGAUAAGCCAUCACCCAACCAUCUGCCUGGGACAAAGCUCAUUCAUUUCCCCAGUACAACAAAAACUGAAAACUCAUCAGAAGUAAUAAAAUCAGAAGCUGAAAGUAAACCAAAAGCCAAGGAAUAUUGCAGGACAGUAUUUUCCUAUGAAGGCUCAAAUGAUGAACUCAGCUUUAAAGAAGGCGAGAUCAUUCAAAUACUCAGUAAGGACACUGGAGAGCCAGGCUGGUGGAAAGGAGAACUCAAUGGUAAAGAAGGAGUCUUCCCAGAUAAUUUUGCUGUUCAAAUACAAGAAUCUGAUAAAGACUUCCCUAAGCCAAAGAAACCUCCACCUCCAGUUAAAAGUCCAGCUCCAAAGCCUGAAUUGCCAACUGGAGAGAAGAAAUUCCCAGCUUUGAGGAUUGAAGAAAAAGAUGAAAAAGGAGCUUUGGAUCAGAAGCCUUUGAAGCCACAAGCUCCUCAAGUACCACCCAAGAAGCCUAUUCCUCCAAGCAAGACUAACAGCUUACUGAGAGCAGGGCUUCUGCAGCCCAAACGUCCAGACAAACCUGUUUUGCCAUCAUCUGUAUCCAAAUCUAAUGGAGAAGUUGUUUCUCUUCGACCGAAAUCUGAAUUUGAGCCAGUAGCAAAACCAAAGUUAGACUCUGAACCAUUGCCACUUCGACCAAAAUCAGUAGAGGUAGAUUCCCUCGUGAUAAAAAGCUCUAAAGAAUCAGAUCUCUUAAGCUUUGAUGAUGUAAUAGCUACCUCAGAUAAUCUCUCACACCCUACUGCAAACCGCCCCAAGAUGCCUGGUAGGAGGCUGCCUUCACGUUUCAAUAGCAGUAGUCCUGCAAAUCAAAAUGUGAGCCCAGAAAAAAAUUUGAAGGUGCAGAAAGAAGAAGAAUGUGCCAAACCGAAGCCAGUGGAAACAAAAAAGCCAUCUGCAUUCAGUCCACCAGUUCCAUCUUCAUCUCAGAGACCAAGUUCUGUCAUACUCAACUUUCUUCCUGGAGACAUCCAGCUUAAAGGAGAAACGGAUGAUGAAAAAAUUUCUGUCGAAGAGCUCAGGACUCAGAUUAAUGAUUUGAUGGGUUUAGUAGAUGCACUGAAGAAAGAACAUGGGAGAGAACUGGAAAAACUAAAGAAGGAUUUGGAAGAAGAAAAGCUGUUGCGAAGUAAUCUGGAGCUUGAAAUAGAAAAAUUGAAGAAAGCAGUGACGUCUACAUGAGACAGCUAUGGACUCAGUUUUUUUAACUCGCCGGGAAUUCAAAGCUGAACACAAGGAGAACUGACUCUUAUUUCAUAAUCAUGGAUGCUGGUGUUCUACAGUCUUAAGAAUAUAGUAAAAAAAAAGAAAAAAAAAAAAAGGAAUAUAGUCUUUUAUUCAGAGAGAAGAAAACAGAAAAGAAUAAUGGUGUAAUUUUUUUGCCAAGUUAAUUGAGGCCUUAUUUCUUACUGUGCUGGAAUUGCAGACCUUAUUUUUUGGUUUGCUUGAAAAUACUACUGAAUCUGUAUAGAAAGGAGAGGGAAUUCAUAAUAGAUUUUUAUUGAAUACCUGUAGCUUAAUUUUUAAAGAGAUCUAUGCUAUAAAUAGGGUGAUCUAUCUUUACAACUAAUCUGUAAAAUAGUCUAUUGGGAGGGAUGGAAUAACUGUAUUGUAAUUAUAGUCACUACUUUUUCCCCUACAAGCAAAAGGGAAUAUAUGAUAUUUGUAUCAUUUUGGCAUUCUUACCCAGGGUUCUGCUGUCGUGCCUGUCUGCAGCGAGAAUAUUAAUCAUGUGCUGUUCGUACGUUGAGUAAUGAGGUAGGAAUUUAUUGAUGCAAUGAAGCAGGCGAAACUCCUGUGCGUUGCGGUGAGAACAAAUGAUUCAAUCCGAGUCGUUCAGCAGAACGUUUCGUCACUUGCACUAUGGGAUUAAAAAGGGAUUUUGGGCUGAAUCAUGGAGUUAGGACAAAAUUGAUUUUUUAAAACCCCCAAAUGUAAGAAAUACAGAAAGAAGGCUAGAAUCCAGUCUUAACCUGUUGUGCCUAAAACGUUGCAGCGUGGAAAAGUAAACCUGAAGUCACAGUGUCUGUGCUUCUGCGUAUCUAAACUGAGGGCAUGUCUUUCUAGUGGUUAAAUCUGCAUCUCGAUCUGUUUUUACAACAGGCAGUUUCUGUCAUAGUAUGUCUCCAAAUAAAUCCCUUCGGAACUUCGAUACUCUCAAAAGGUCUCAAUAUUUAUAUAUUUAUGCCAUGAACUUUCUGAGUACGUUGUGUACCUCUAAAUUUAAUAACAUUUUUGUAUUUUAAUGCGUGAUUGGAGCAGUUGCUUUGACUGCAUUGUGCUGGUGUCCAAGAAAGCGUCUUCCACGUUCUAUAGAAAAGAGUUGAAACCUUGUGGAUUGCCAUUAUCUUUAGCCCCUGAGCUCAACACAGCACACUGGAAUAAUAUACAAAUAGUGUGCAGAGCGAUUGGAGACAAUGAUCUUUAUUGCUGUGUCCAUUUCAUUAAUGAAUUAUACUUUAGAAAGCCAGACAAAUGCGUUAUUUCUGUUAGUAACCACCUUAUCACCUUUUGGUCUACUAGAAUUUAGAUGAUAAAAAAUACUCCACAUGGUUUGGAGGUUUCACCAGUAAGAAAAGUAAUUAAUUUCUAUUCAUAGGGAAAAGUCAUAAAUACAGUAAUUAUUUAGUAUGUCACUUGAGCAAGUGACAUGUAAGUGUUACUUCUUGGGAAUAUCCGUUUUCCACAGUUGCUGCAUGGUAAAAUACAAGCAUCCGAAAGUUGAUUGGAGGAUGUUUGUCAGCUGUGGAUUUAAAUUGUUCAUCAAAUGUGAUUAAUGUGCUGGGCAGAUUUGCUGGUGAUAUUUGCUGGUCACAUUGCUAAUAAGCUGAUUCAAUAUUAAUGCUUUUAACUUUUAAUUGCCUCAAUGCAUCAGGCUUGAGCCGGGUCUUUAUGUGGAGGAAUCAUGGGCAGCAGUAAUGCUUCUCCUCAGACACUAAACUCUUGCUUAGAAUUCAUGCCUCUAAGUAGGAGGAUGAAAAGCAAGAAUUGAGCCUAAUGGAAUAGCCAAUUUUAUUAUAACAAGCUCUUUGCUGUGAUUACAGCGUGAAACAGAUCUUGGAAUGGAUUGCUCUACAGAAAUCGUGUCUGCACGUAGCCUUGUAGCAGAGAAACGGAACAAGACAAUCAGUUAAAACCACAAAUAAAUGGUGUUUAUUAUUUAAUGGCCUUUGUUCGCUAUAGCAAUAAAUGACCCAAGUGCAAUGACUUGAUUUAAUAAAACCCUCUCUUAAAAGUCGCUGCUAUGACUAUUUUAGCCAUAAGGAAGUUGCCCUGACGCACAUCUGUCUUGUCUUCGGCGAGUGUUCUGUCCUAGAGUGGAAGGGGGAGAGGUUAAUGGUUUUGAAGACAUUCCACAGUACAAUCGUGAAAGCAGGAUGCUUCACUGACUUGUUUACUGGUGCUGUAAAAUGAUGCAUGCUAUCCAAACGCAGCAAAUAAAACGAGUUUAAAAACCUACUGAAAUGU